AUGGGCAAACUACUCCUUCUGACUGGUCUGGCUUUCUUGCUGCAUCUGCAGCUGGGUGCAUCCACCAAUAUUGUCUGUUAUUUCACCAACUGGUCUCAAUACAGACCUGGAAUUGCCCGUUAUAUGCCCGAAGAUCUUGACCCUUGCCUAUGUACUCAUGUUAUCUAUGCUUUUGCUGGCAUGGCUAACAACCAGAUUCAGACCAUUGAGUGGAAUGAUGUGGCUCUCUACAGUGGAAUUAAUGGACUAAAAAGCUACAAUCCUGACCUGAAGACCUUGCUGUCAGUUGGAGGCUGGAACUUUGGAACCCAAAAAUUUUCUAACAUGGUUUCUUCCUCUCAAAAUCGCCAGACCUUUAUUCAGUCUGCAAUCUCCUUCCUGCGAAAAUAUGGCUUUGAUGGGCUGGAUAUUGACUGGGAGUAUCCUGGCAACAGAGGCAGCCCAGCUGAUACCCAACAGCUUUUCUCAGUCUUGCUUCAGGAAAUGUAUGAAGCUUUUGAGCAGGAGGCUUCUCAGACUAACAAACCCAGAUUGCUGAUCUCUGCAGCAGUGUCUGCUGGAAAAGGCACCAUAGAAACGGCUUACCAGAUCCCACAGAUGUCUAAGUACAUGGACCUUAUCAAUGUGAUGACUUAUGACCUCAGAGGAUCUUGGGAAGGUUUCACUGGUGAGGACAGUCCAUUGUUUGCAGGGCCUGAAGACCAAGGCUCCUACAUUUACUUCAAUGUGGACUAUGCUAUGAAUUACUGGAAGAACAAUGGUGCCCCAGCUGAGAAGCUAAUGGUGGGAUUUGGAGCCUAUGCUCGCACCUUCACCCUCAGCAACCCCUCUAACAAUGGCUUGAAUGCUCCAACCUCUGGACCAGGUGCCGCUGGUGCCUACACCCAAGAAGCUGGGACUUUGGCAUAUUUUGAGAUCUGUACCUUCUUGAAGAGUGGUGCCACUGUUGUGUGGAAUGCUCCCCAGAAAGUUCCCUAUGCCUACAAAGGAAAUCAGUGGAUUGGCUAUGACAACCCUAAGAGUUUUGCCAUCAAGGCUAAGUGGCUGUUGGAGAACAACUUUGGAGGAGCCAUGGUAUGGGCUAUUGAUCUGGAUGACUUCACUGGCACAUUCUGUGGGGAAGGCAAAUAUCCUCUUAUGAAUGCCUUGAAAUCUGCAUUGGGAAUCACCACUCCAAACUGCAAGGUACCAGCAACAACUCUUGGCACCAACGCUAAUCAGCCUGCACAGCCAACAGCUGCACCUUCUGGUGGCAGUGGGAGCUCUGGUGGAAGUUCUGGUGGAAGUUCUGGUAGCAGUGGAAGCACCUUCUGUAAUGGGAAAUCCAGUGGCCUUUACCCAGAUCCUACUAACAAGAAUAGCUUCUACCACUGUGUAAAUGGGAAGACCUAUCAGCAGUUUUGCCAGUCUGGCCUUGUAUUUGACUCCAGCUGCUCCUGCUGCAAUUGGGCAUGAGAACAACCACGGGGUGCUGGUGCACAUGCUCCACUGCAGUGCAUGUAGAAGAAUGAGAUCAGCAUGAAAAAUAAAGAGGCAUUGCUUUAAAA